GUGCUCAGGCAGUGUCGGACUUAAGAGCGAUCAGCUCCUUCCACAAGAAGAGGUGCUCACAGGAGGGCCUCCCAUAUCUGAGCCCCGGCCUGCCCUGCGUGGGCUGGCAACAAAGGCAGAGAGAUACAGUCUAGGUGUGUGUGCUCAGAGUAGGGAGAGGGCCGAGAAGCCCUUUCCCGCUCACCUGGGCCUGGUGCCUUCCAGGCCGACCAGAGGAGCUCAGCAAUAAUUCAGGGGCUCCAGCUCUUUGGAACCUGUUGCCAGGAAACAGGGAGGCAGGCACGUGCAUCCCUGGGGAGAGGAGUCAGUUUCCAGCCCAGACAAAGCAGUGAAAUGUAAGCCCAGGGCACUGACUGGGGGACUUGGGACCUUCCCACUCCAAUUCACAGAGGCUAAGUGGGGACAGAGGGCAGGGCCCUGCUGAGGGCAGCAGCUAUGGCUAUAGUCACCGGGGUGCCAAUGUGGGUCCGGGGGACAAGGACUUUGGAAAUGGACUUUGUGAAAGGAAGAUGACUUUUCUGGAGCCAUUCCAAGAGAUCAAAUUCAAGUACUCCUGGGAAGGAGGCCUCUGUGGGGAGAGAUGUCGCUAUUAUUCUUGGCCAAUGUGGGUCACGGCAAGGGGCCGAGGUGGCAGAAGCCUGCUCUGUCCCACCCCCACCCUAGACUCCUUUGGAUCCGUUCACUUGCUGGGCACUGUGCCAGCUGGGGAGGCUGGUGCAUCUUUAAUGAAGUCACCAGAUCCCUGGGACAGGCUCUCGGUCUCACCAAGUUCCUAAGCCAGACCCACUGGAUGCCCUCUGAGCCACUGCCUCCUGCACCUGGGCACCAGGCCCGUUUCCCCUGCAGCUAUGAGCCAGGCCUUCUGGAAAACCUACAAAUCCAAGGUGCUACAGACCCUGAGUGGGGAAUCUGAGGAGGUUCUGGCAGAGGAGAGGGAGAACCCAGCUUUAGUGGAGUCUGAGACAGCAGAACCGACCUCAGAGGCCUUCAACCCCAUGUCACAGCUGGCCCGCCGGGUUCAGGGGGUCGGAGUGAAAGGUUGGCUGACAAUGUCAUCUCUGUUUAACAAAGAAGAUGAAGAUAAGCUGCUGCCACCGGAGCCCUGUGCUGACCAGUAUGUGUGUGUGUGUGAGGGGUAGGGGGAGGCUCUGGGAUGGGCCUGGGGUCGCCUUCUCCACGGCCUUUCCAUAUGGUCAGUUUGUCUUUCUGGCCACGGAGGGUUGGGAUGGGCCAGCCCCUGCUCUUUCUGUUUCUCUUAGCAGGAAAGAGGCCAAAUUAGCAUAUCUGGGAGAUUAGGGUAGAUUACAGGAGGAAUUUACCAAAUGUUGGGAUUGAGGUGCUAGAAGGUAUUAUGGGCGCUCGCUCUCCAUCCACGUGGGAAGGGUCCUCUCCCUAGAAUCAGGGAGCUGAGCAGAGAACCUUUGCGUGUUUGGAACAGAGGGUGAUCCAGACCAGUGAUUCCCAAAUACGGGUCUAAACUCAUCCUCCCAGGGUGCUUGUGACAAACACCAUUUCCCAGAAUCUUCAAAGAUUCUGCCUCAGCAGGUGUGGGCUGAGGCCUGGGACCUAGAUUUCAGCAAGCGGAAAGGAUCUGGGGCACACUAGUUCAGCAACCGGCCUUGUAGAUCUAGUGUGCCAGAGGGUUAGGGGGCAGGACCCAGGGCCUCAGUCUUCCUCCUGGCUCUAUCUCGGGCACACCCUCCAUCUCUGCCCCUUCCUCCAGCCCAGUCCCACCCCCCCCCUUUGACACUCCCAUAUUUCUUUCUCCCCUAGGGCCCCUGGCCCACCCAUCUCUUGUCCCCACACUUAUCUCCUGUACUUCCCAGCUCUGGUAGGGGCUCCCCUCAGACCUGAGAUCCCACCUCAAGCCUCACCACCGCUCCUCGAUUGCUUUCCCCUACAUUUCCCGGCUACCUCCAAAGCCCUCCCCCGCCUCCCCUGAGCCUCUGAUUUAGACCUUUCUCCUUCCCUAGGGGCCUCUCCACCCGUCGUUCU